UAAAAUUACAGAUGAAUCACAAGAACAAUAUAAAACAAAUUCUUCACGAUAUUUUCUUUGUACUAAAUGUCAAAUUCAUUUAUAUACUCGAGAAACAUUUCUUAAUCAUUAUUCAAUGCAUCAACAAGGAUAUUUAUUUUGUAAACGUUGUUUUCAAUUUUAUAGUAAUGAAGAAAUUAAAACACAUGAUUGUCAACAACGAAAAAUUGAUGAAUUACAAAGUCUUGAACAAUUAAUUCCUCCGGAUGUUACCGAACAACAACAAGACUUUAAUCCAAAAGAUUAUGUCAACGAUCAUGAUUCAACUAGUACAACACGUAUGACUUAUUUUGGUUUACCUAAACUAACUGAUUCAAUAAUUGAAAUAAAAAAUACCGAUGGCAAACGAUUAUUUCGUUGUCCACUUUGUUUUAAUUUUUAUGUUAAUCGAUCAGGUCUUAAUCGACAUUAUAUUACACAUAGUUCACAAGAUUUAUGGAAAGUUGAAUGUCAAUACUGUGGUAGACGUUAUUCACGAAAAGAUUCUUUAAAAUAUCAUAUGAAAAAAGAACAUGGAGAUAUGAUUAUGUCUGAUUGGACUGGAAAAGAUACGAAUAAUUCUUUCUAUCAUCCAUCAAAUUUAUUAGAUGUUGAUUCAAUAUCAUCUUCAUCAAACGAAAAAGAACAUAUAGAAACUGAUGAUAUUGUUUUAGUUACUUAA